GGCAGCAGUGUGGGAAUGAGCAGGGAGAGAGCACUCGGGGUCACCCCUUCAUCCUCAGUGGACUACAUCGUGGAAUAUGACUAUGAGGCAGUGCAUGAUGAUGAGUUAACGAUCAGAGUUGGGGAAAUCAUCAGGAAUGUGAAAAAACUGGAAGAAGAAGGAUGGUUAGAAGGGGAGCUAAAUGGCAGAAGGGGCAUGUUCCCUGACAAUUUUGUGAAGGAAGUUAAGAGGGAUGUAGAGCCCAAGGAUGAUGCUGUGCCACUCAGGAGGGAGAAAUCUGGCAAUGUAGCCAGCCUUGUGCAGCGUAUGAGCACCUAUGGACUUCCAGCAGGAGGAUUCCAGCCUCACCCCCCAUCCAAAACCUUCAAGAAGAAGUCCAAGAAGCGGCAGUGCAAAGUGCUCUAUGAUUACAUCCCACAGAAUGAGGAUGAGCUGAAACUCAAGCCAGGGGAUAUGAUUGACAUCAUUGAAGAGGUAGAAGAAGGCUGGUGGAGUGGAACACUAAAUGGCAAGGCAGGGUUGUUUCCUUCAAACUUUGUGAAAGAAUUGGAAUUGGCGGAUGAUGGAGAAACACAGGAUGCUCUGGACGACACAGAGUCUGUUUUCAGUGGUCCUACCUCACCUGUGAUCUCUCCAGGAAAUGGGGGUGAACCUGGAUCAGGACCAGCACAGCCAAAGAAAGUCCGAGGUAUUGGAUUUGGAGAUAUCUUUAAAGAAGGCUCAGUGAAACUUAAGACAAGAUUAUCCAGUAAUGAAUUGGAAGAUAAAAAGCAAGAUAAGCCAUCACCUAACCAUCCCUCUGGAACAAAGCUAAUUCAUUUUCCCAGUACAAUAAAACCUGAAAACUCAUCAGAACCCCCAAAAUCAGAAGCAGAAAGUAAACCAAAAGCCAAGGAAUAUUGCAGGACGACACUUCCCUAUGAAGGCUCAGAUGAUGAACUCAGCUUUAAAGAAGGGGAGAUCAUUCAAAUAAUCAGUAAGGAUACUGGACAGCUAGGCUGGUGGAAAGGAGAACUCAAUGGUAAAGAAGGAUUCCUCCCAGAGAAUUUUGUAGUUCAAAUACAAGAGUCUGAUAAAGACUUCCCUAAGCCAAAGAAACCUCCACCUCCAAUAAAAACUCCAGCUCCAAAACCUGAAUUGCCAACUGGAGAGAAGAAAUUCCCUUCUUUGAGGCCCGAUGAAAAAGAUGAAAAAGGAGCUUCAGAUCAGAAGCCUGUGAAGCCACAAGCUCCUCAAGUACCACCCAAGAAGCCUAUUCCUCCAAGCAAGACCAACAGCUUACUGAGAGCAGGGCUUCUGCACCCAAAACCCAAAAUCUGUCCAGACAAGCCUGUCUUACCAUCACCUGUAUCCAAAUCUAAUGGAGAAGUUGUUCCUCUUCGACCAAAAUCUGAAGUUGAGCCAGUAGCAAAACCAAAGUUAGAUUCUGAACCAUUACCACUUAGACCAAAAUCAGUAGAGGUAGAUUCACUUGUGGCAAAGAGCUCUAAAGAAUCAGAUCUGCUAAGCUUUGAUGAUGUAAUAGCUACCUCAGAUACUCUGUCACACCCCACUGCAAACCGACCCAAGAUGACUGGUAGGAGGCUGCCGACGCGCUUCGGUGGCAAUACAGCAAGUCAAAAUCUGUGUCCAGAAAAAAAUUUGAAGGUGCAGAAAGAAGAGGAAAGUGCCAAACCAAAGCCAGUUGAAACAAAAAAGCCAUCUGCAUUCAGUCCCCCAGUUCCAUCUUCAUCUCAGAGACCAAGUUCUGUUCUUCUCAACUUCUUUCCUGGAGAUGUCCAGCUUAAAGGAGAAACAGAUGAUGAAAAAAUUUCAGUGGAAGAGCUCAGGACUCAGAUUAAUGAUUUGAUGAGUUUAGUAGAUGCACUGAAGAAAGAUCAUGGGAGAGAACUGGAAAAACUAAAGAAGGAUUUGGAAGAAGAGAAGUUGUUGCGAAGUAAUCUGGAGCUUGAAAUAGAAAAACUGAAGAAAGCGGUGAUGUCUACAUGAGACAGCUAUGGACUCAAUGUUUUUAACUCAUCAGGACUUAAAAGCUGAACACAAGGAGAACUGACUCUUAUUUCAUAAUAAUGGAUGCUGGUGUUCUACAGUCUUAAUGAAAAAAAAAUAUAGUAAAAAAAGGAAUAUAGUCUUUUAUUCAGAGAGAUAAGAAAACAGAGAAGAAUAACGGUGUAAUUUUUUUGCCAAUAUAAAAGAGGCCUUAUUUCUUACUGUGCUGGAAUUGCAGACCUUAUUUUUUUGGUUUGCUUGAAAAUACUACUGAAUCUGUAUAGAAAGGAGAGGGAAUUCUUAAUAGAUUUUUAUUGAAUACCUGUAGCUUAAUUUUUAAAGAGAUCUAUACAAUAAAAGGGGUGAUCUAUCUUUACAACUAAUCUGUAAAAUAGUCUAUUGGGAGGGGUGGAAUAACUGUACCGUAAUCCUAGUCACUACUUUUUCCCCGACGUGCAAAAGGGAAUAUAUGAUAUAUUUGUAUCAUUUGGGCAGUUUUACCCAGCGUUAUGCUGUCCUGCCCGUCUGCAGCGAGGGUGUUAAUAAUGUGCUGUUUGUAACUUAUGUAAUGAGAUAGGAAUUUGUUGAUGCAAUGCAGCAGGUGAAACUCCUAUGCAUCGUGGUAAGAAGGAAUGAUCUCAUCUGGGUGAUUGAGCGGAACACUUUGUCACUUGCACUAUUUGGAUUCAAAAGGGAUUUAGGACUGAAUCAUGACUGAAUUAUGACAAAAUUAACCUUGAAAACCACAAAACGCAAGAAAUACGGAAACGAGACCGGAAUCCAGUCUUAACUCAACCUGUUGUGCCUAAAACCUUACAGCAUGAAAAAGUCAACCUUAAGUCUCAACGCCCGUGCUUCUGUGCAUCUAAACCGAAGUCAUCCGUCUUUCUGGUGGUUAAAUAUGCAUCUUGAUCUGUUUCUACAAUAGUCAGGUUUUGUUUAUAAUAUGUCUCCGAAUAAAUCCCUUUGGAGCUUUGAUACUCUCAAAUGGUCUCAAUAUUUAUAUAUGCCAUAAACUUUAUCAGUAUAUUGUGUACCUCUAAAUUUAAUGACAUCUUUGUAUUUUAAUGGGCGGUUGGAACGGUUGCUUUGACAGCAUUGUGCUGGUUUCCAAGAUGGGUGUCUCUCACAUUUUAUGGAAAACAGUUGAAAUCUUGUGGAUUGCCAUUAUCUUUAACCCCUGAGCUCAACAGAGAAUAAUAUACAAAUAAUAUGCAAAGUGAUGGAAGACAAUGUAUUUAUUGCUGUGUUCACUUGAUUAAAGAAUUAAAACCCAUGCAGCUUUAGACAGCCAGUCAAAUGCAUUACUUCUGUUAGUGACCACCUUAUCUCUUUUUGGUCUACUAGAAUUUACAUCACAAAAACAUGCCACAUAGUUUGUAAACUUCACCAAUGAGACAAGUAAUUAAGUUUCUAUUCAUGGACAUAGUCAUAAAUACAAUAAUUUUGUAGUAUGUCACUUGAGCAAGUGACAUGGAAGUGUUACUUCUUGAGAGUAUACUUCCUCCACAGUUGAUGCAUCAUGAAAUACAUCCAAAAAGUCAAUUGGAGAAUGUGUAUCAGUUGCUGAUUUAAAUUGUUCGUAAAAUUUAUUUAAUCUACUGUGCAAGUAUUAGGGAAUAUUUGCCAGUCAUGUUGCUAAUAAGCUGAUUCGAUAUUAAUGCUUGGAACUCUUAAUUGCCUUUGCAUCACAAAUGAAGACUUGAGCCAGACCUUUGCAUUGAGGAAUAAUGAGCAGCAGUAAUGCUUCUCGUCAGACACUAAACUCAAAAUUGGGAUUCGUAACCUCUAAGUCAGGUGAUGAAAAGCAGGAAUUGAGCCGAAUGGAAUAGCUGAGUUAGUUUUACAAGCCCUUCACUGUGAUCGGAGCAUGAAACAAAUCUCAGAAGUGAUUGCUCUGCAGAAAUUGCACCUGCCCGUAAACAAGACAAUCAGUUAAACCCACAAAUUAAAAGUGUUCGUUAUUUAAUGGCCUUUGUUCGCUGUAGCAAUAAACGACCCAAGUGCAAUGACUCGAUUUAAUAAAAACCUCCUUUAAAAGCCGCUGCUAUGAGUGUUUUUAGCCAUAAGGAAGCUGCCCAUAUAUGUGUCUGUCCCGUCUUCAGUGAGUGUUACGUCCUGGAGCAGAGGGGGAGAGGGUAGUGGGUUUGAAGACAUUCCAUAGUCCGAGUUCCCAAAGCAGUAUGCUCCACUGACUUGGUGACCGGUGCUGUAAAAUGAUGCAUGCUUUCCAAACUCAGCAAAUAAAAGAAAUUUAAAAACCUCUUGAAA